AUGGACGAGGCCGUGGGCGACCUGAAGCAGGCGCUGCCCUGCGUGGCCGAGGCGCCGACCGUCCAUGUGGAGGUCCACCAGCGGAGCGGCAGGGGAGCCGGCACUGCAAAAAAAGAAGAUCUAAAGCUGAGUGUUAGAAAGCUCCUCAAUAGACAUAAUAUUGUGUUUGGCGAUUACACAUGGACUGAGUUUGAUGAGCCUUUUCUGACCAGAAACGUGCAGUCUGUGUCCAUUGUUGACACGGAAUUAAAGGCUAAAGAUCCACAGCCCAUUGAUUUGAGCAUGUGCACUAUUGCACUUCACAUCUUCCAGCUGAAUGAAGAUGGCCCCAGCAGUGAAAAUUUGGAGGAAGAGACAGAAAAUAUAAUUGCGGCAAACCACUGGGUGCUGCCUGCAGCUGAAUUCCACGGGCUUUGGGACAGCCUGGUGUAUGAUGUGGAAAUCAAAUCUCACCUCCUUGACUACGUGAUGACAGCGUUGCUGUUUUCAGACAAGAACGUCGACAGCACCCUCGUCGCCUGGAACCGGGUGGCUCUGCUUCACGGUCCUCCAGGAACUGGAAAAACAUCCCUGUGUAAAGCUUUAGCGCAGAAAUUGACCAUCAGACUCUCAAGCAGGUACCGGUAUGGCCAGUUAAUUGAAAUAAACAGCCACAGCCUCUUCUCUAAGUGGUUUUCAGAAAGUGGCAAGCUGGUAACUAGGAUGUUCCAGAAGAUUCAGGAUUUAAUUGAUGACAAAGAUGCUCUGGUGUUUGUGCUGAUUGACGAGGUGGAGAGCCUAACGGCUUCCCGCAACGCCUGCAGGGCGGGUGCCGAGCCUUCGGAUGCCAUCCGCGUAGUCAACGCCGUGUUGACCCAAAUCGAUCAGAUCAAAAGGUAA